GAGUGUUAUUGGAAGAUUUGUCUGAAAAAUAAAAGCCAGCUGGCAUUGUAAUGGGGCUGAGUGUUCUUCAGAAUGGUAAAAUUCCUCAAUUCUUCCCUGAAAACAUUCUUAGAGAACUAGCAAAUGGCCACUCAUCAUCGUCAUGUGUAAGAAAUCUCAUGAGAGGGUUUCGUAAAGUUGGUGUUCUCCAGCUAUUGAUGAAACUACCCACUUUCAUGUAUCUCUUCAUUCCAAGUGAGGCAAGUGCUCUCAGUGUGAAGAAGCUUGCUAAUCUUCUUACUCCUAAAUUCAGCGAGGAAGGCUCAAAUGCAAGAAAAUACCAGAAGGAAGUAUAUGCUGCAUUUAUUCGUUACAUUAAAGAAGUUGCUGCUGGAAGGAGAGUGUCGGGAAAUAACACCCUUUACCUUGGUCAUGUGCUGCAGUUUGUGUGUGGAACAGAUGAAGAACCUACACUCGGAUUUGUUUUAUCACCAGAAAUCAAUUUCACUGAAUGUGGUGAUGCAUUUAUGCCCACAGCCAAUACAUGCCUAAAUGUUCUCAAUCUACCCAUCCCAAGCUACUCCAAACAGCUUCCAGGUGACAAGUUUUUGUUCAACCUUUAUGACUUGGCUUUCAGUAGUUCCUACUUUGGUGUUGUAUAAUUUUACAAAAACUGUGGGCUACGAAAAAAAAGGGGGAGAUCGACUGUUUGUUAUCAAGGGAACAAGUUUUGAAUCAUGGUUUUAACCUUUUGCAUGUUAACAAUUUGUUCUAACUAAAAACAUUGUCAUAAUAACACCUUUGGUUGUGGUUUCAUAUAUUUACAAAGUUUUAAAAUUUGUUAUUAUUGUUUUACUGAGAUGUUUUUAGAAUCAGAAUGUCCACUGUGUCUACAUACAAACCCAAGCUUUUAAGUUGUGUAGGAAUAAUUUAUAUUAUAUUUUUGGGAGUUUAUAAAAAUUGUUCUUCAUUGUUAUCACUGCUAUUCAUAAAAAUGAUAUACCAAAUAAAGUUUUCCAUUUUAUCAUGAUGUAAUU